AUGAGAAACAUUAAACUUUUGCGCCAGCUCCCUUCUUCAACUAAGAAGUUGGCCACCAAGCAAUCACCUCUUUGUUUUUCUUCAAUUCACAACUCUCCUUCAUAUAUUCAAAGCCGAUGCUUUUCAUCAAGUAAAAUCAUUAAAAAUUCUUUUGAAAGAAUUAGUGAUAGCGAACUUAAACAAAUGGAAGAAAAAGAAAGAAAUAGAGAAAUUCCUGCCGAAGAAUUAAAUUUCCCAACAACAGAUAAUGAUAAAGACUUUAUCAAUAUUAUAGAAGCAAAACAACAAGGUACUAAAUUCACUGAAGAAAUGUUUGAAACUCUUGUCUUCUACCUCAAGAAUUUGCGUAAGGAAAAGAGACAUAAAGUUGUUUAUUGGCUCGCUACCGAAAAGAAGGAAACAAAACUUGUAAGAAAAAUCAAGGAAGCCUUUAUUAGUUUGAGUCUCUUACAAGCCAACGUUAACCUUCAAUUACCAAGAGCUGUACAAAAGGAAAGAAUUUGGGCUAAAUAUACUAACUUUGGAAUGUUCCCUGGUACUUUUUCUCAACCUGCCGAAACUGAAUAUAACAGAUUCAAAGUUAAAAGUUUAUAUGAUUUGAGUAAAUUAAAGACUCAAGCCGAUUUGGAUGACUUAGAUGAAAUGGUUGAUGAAGAUAACAUCUCAAGAAGAGAUCAAGACGAGGAUAAUGAAAAUGAACAAAUGGAAGAAAUUGAAGAUGAAGAAGAAGUUGGGUCAAAUGAAAUUGAUACUAUAGAUAUUGAGGAUGUCGAUGAAAACAUACCAAUUAAUGAAUUACAAGAAGCUUUAAGAGUUAGAAAAGAUUACUCUAGAUUCCAUGAAUUAAUUGAAGAAAAGAAUGAAGCUGAUCCUGAAAGAAUUCAAGUUCCAAAGUCAUUUGAACGUGUUUCUCAAGAUGUUGAAAAUUUAGGUAAAUUGCAAGGAAAGAGAUUCAAAGUUUCAAAGGUUGAUCAAUCCGAUAUGAUUAAAUCAUUGAACACUAAGCUGUUAAGACAAGAAAGAGAUGAAACAUCAGCUCCUUUCUAUUUAUAUCAAUUUGAUGAAACACAACUUGGACAACAAAUCCAAAAUUUAGAAUCAAUCAUAGAGGGAAAGUCAUCCAAGACUAAUGUUAGUGUUAAUCCAAUUUAUAAUGCUAGUGUUGGUGUUGAAAAGGGUUACUUUGGAGAUGUUGAUCUUGAUGCUGAUUGGGAUGAAUCACUUUAUGAAUAUGAAGGUGAACCAGCAAUUACUCACCCACUUGCUGAUGAUGUUGAAGAUCCAGAAAUUUAUCACGGUCAAAAGGAUGCUAUUACAGAUGUUUCAUUCGAAGAAAAGGUUCUCAAGCUUUCAAGAAAUUGUAAAAUGACCACUGGUGGUAGAGUUGAAUCAUACAAUUGUUUGUACUUGGUAGGAAGUUACAGUGGAUUGUGUGGUGUUGGUUUUGGUACAGCUGCCAGUCCAGCAGUUGCUCAAUCAAAGGCAAGAAAGGCUGCUUAUAAGAAUAUUAGAAGUAUUGAUCCUUCUGCUUGCAUUCCACGUUCUCAUAUGCUCGAAGCCAAGUUUGGUGCUUGUAAAGUCAGAAUUCACCCUAGUACUAAGGAACAACCAACUGCCAAUCCAAUUUUAAGAAAGUUGUGUGCUUAUUUGGGUCUUAAAUACUGUUCUGUCAGACUCUAUGGUAGUAGAAAUAUUUUGAACGUCAUUCCUGCUUUCUUCAAGUGUGUUGAUCAACUUAGAUCUGUUGAUAGAGAUGCUGCUAUGCGUGGUGUUAUGCCUAUUUAUUUGAAGAAGGAUUUUGAAGAUUAUUUAGAAAAGGUUCGUGUUGGUAAGGGACUUUACGGAUGGUAAAUUAAGUUUUGAAAAAUUGUUAAAAUUGAAAAUAAAAUAAUUAAAAUUAAUC